CUUCUCUAUCAGGAAUCACCUGGGGAGGUUUGGGGUGCUUCUUCACCCAUCUCCAGGGCCCAAAGUGAGCCCUUUUGGAGGACGGCAGCUGAACUCGCUCGCUGCCCAGUGCCGGUGGCUCACCGUUUCGAGAGGCUCUGUGGAGCGUAGCCGCAGUGACUCAGCUCUCCAUCAGCUGUCCUGCAGGCUGCCCCCACUUCUGGGGCCAACAGGGGAACAAAGGAGCAAACCCUAAAGACCAGUGUGAAAGUUUACCUUGGAAAAGGGGCUACUGGGUUUGGGAGGAAGGAGACUUCUUGCUUCUUGCUCUGCUCGGUCCAUCCUGGCAAACACCAGGGUAUUUGAAAGGCUGAAGAAGACCCUGAUUCAAUGCAAUACCAUCCAGCCUAAUAGGAGUUCAGAUGCACUCAGCGGACUGGAGUUCUUCCUGGGAGAGCUGGUGCAAUGCAGGAUGGUGGCAGCAGGGUCCAGAGUAUUAAAAAUGAAGGGAUGAGCUGGCUGAGCAAACAGCCCUACAGCAGUACUCGCUCCAACACGCUGCUGCUCAGACUCCUGCCGUGCUCCGGUGCCGCUGCUCGGGGUCACCUCCCCGCUUGCUGGUAUGGCUGUGCUUGCCCUUCACCUCUUCCAUGCUUUCCACACCAUUUUCACGUUAUUCCUUGCCCUUGCAGAUAAAGAGGAGGUACGUGCCCAGCUGGAGGUCAGCACUGACUGAGGCUGGGAGCCAGGAUUGCUCCUCCUGGCGCGCUGGUGCUCCCCAUGCAUGCUGCUUCAGCCAGCCCCAAAGUCACCUCCAGAAGAAAGAAGGAGAUGGGUGGGAGUAAAAUGGGUCUCUCAUCUGCUGAAGUGGUGGAUCUUCUCUGCUCUCAGCAAUAAUUCUCACGUCCCAAGUGGGCUUUGCUUGUCCCACAUCUCUUCUGGCUGUCCCUUACUCUCCUACCCCCAAAAAGUCCUCAUUUACCUUGUUUGCCUCUGCGGGCUCCACACUGUCUGCGUGAAUGCCUCUAUAGGGUGCUAGAGGCCCUGAAAAACCCAACACAGUCCCCUUCCUUCAUGCCACGGUAAUGAAAUAAACCCUUUUCUUCUACCCACAACCCAGCUGGCUGGUGCUCAGCUUCUAAUAGCAUCCAUGGAACCCAGAGCUGGUGCCCCUGGCAUGCCAGGAAAGCUUGUAGCAGGGAGGCUUGGCUUUUUCUGGGGUUUGGGGGCUCCUCCAUCUCACCCCCAUGCAUCCUUCCUGCUGGUCCAAUGCUCCUGCUGUGCUCCCAGUGCCACCGUGGCAGAGCCGUGCCUGCGAUGUGUGAGCCGCUCACAGGAGUGCUGCUCUUCUCCGCAAUGCCCAUCAAUGUUUGACGGCACAAACAUUUAAAACCGCAGAGGGAAAGUGCGCUCAGCCCCCCCAGACGGUUUGUACGUGACACCGCCCUUCUCCCGUGACACAAAGAGCCCAGACCCCGGGGCCAAGGGCAGCACUGGAAAUUUGGUCCUCGGACACAGUGCUGCACGCUCGGUACAGCAAGCCCCUCCCGGCCACUGGCGGACGAUGAGCUCAGAUUGUGGAGCAGAUUUACAUGGAAAAGCAGAUUGGCUUUAACUUUUAGGAUUCUUUUUUGUCCUGGUUAGCUGAAGACUAGUAAGUUUUUCUGUAGCUAAAAAGCUCUACGUUUUUCUUCUCUGCACCCCAGAUGACAAGCCAUGUGUAUGCCCCAACAGGCUCUGUCCUGACAUCCCCAGGAAUAUUUGGCAAGUGUAAGAGGGACCACAGCAAACUGCCUGGAGUGACUUACAGUGGAUGUUUCGGUGGAAACUGGGAAGGAAGCAAUGAGCAAAAUCUCCGCAGCACUUAAUGUGGCUGAGAUGCAUUUCUAUCGCUCUGGGUCCCACAGGAUCAUAUGUGGUUGUGACUUUUUCCAGCAGCAGCAGCGGUUAACAAUCUCCUAUGACAGUCCAGCUCCUGCCUUUUGGCACUACUCAGUGCAUUUAUUUCUGCAAGCGGGGGCUCCCGCCCAAACGCUGCCUUCAUCCAAAUGCUUAGUGAGGGGGGGCUCUGCCGGACGAGAUCGGCCAGAGGGGUCAGGCGGCUCCUCGUGUCCCUGCGGUAGCUGGGGCAGAGAAGCAGUGCGAGUGCAAGCCCCAGGCACCCACCACGGCGUGGGGAGGCUGCGCCCGGCAGCCUGGGCUGAGCCCCGGGGGUUUGGAGCGUGGGCACCUGGCUCUGGCACUCAGAGGAUGAGCUAGUGCGUGGGGACGUGGGCUUUUCAGGUGUGAAACGGGAACCAGCUUGUCCCAAAGGCUUGUGAGACUUCACUAAGCUGCCAAACCAGGGUGCCAGCCAGGAAUUAGUAGCAGGUCCUCCUCUGUCUCCCCGGGAAGGACUCCCACCUGGUUUCAAGUUCAGUUGGAAACAUUUCCCGGUCUCCAGAGAAGUACACCAGCCCGCCUGCCCGGCCGGCACACAUCUGCUCAGUGGAUAGGACUUUAUCUGCCUUGUCAUGGAGCGGGCACAGCUGCCAGCCAGGUGGUCUUUUAGUGCACCUUAACCAGACCAGAGAAAAGGCGAUGCUUGUUGCUCGGUGACUUUGGCAGGAGAGCCGCUCAGCUCCUCUUCCCUGACCCCACGGUACGAAGCGUGGGCUCGCUUUGCACUCUCAUUGCUCACCACCAGCUGUAAAAACUCCGUGUUUAUCUCAGCCCUAUUAAUGCCACUCUUGCAGAGCUGCUGCAGAGCCUUUCCCCCUAUUAAUAGACCCAUAAUUCACAUGGGGAAAAUAUCCUUUAAACCAUAUUUAAACCAGGGGAGGUAUCAGUAUUUUUUUUUUUAACUUGUUUUUAGGCAUUCAGUUCCUUUCCUCCAGCCUCUGCUCCACAUCUGUGACUGCAGCCUUCUCCAUCCAACUGAGAGGGAAAUUAUGUGUGCAAGAGGAGUCAGGGCUCCCUUCCCGGCACACCGCUCACAUUGCUAGCACUCCCGCGCCUGCCGCACGCUCAGCCACAUGCUCGAGGAUGCUGCACCUGAAAGUCCAGUUUCUGGAUGACUCCCAGAAGAUCUUUGUAGUUGAUCAAAAAUCCUGUGGAAAAGGGCUGUUCAACCUCACCUGCAGCCACCUCAACCUCGUGGAGAAGGAGUACUUCGGGCUGGAGUUUCGCAGCCAGGCUGGGAACCACGUCUGGUUGGAACCACUAAAACCCAUAACAAAGCAAGUCAAAAAUCCUAAGGAGGUUCUUUUCAAAUUUAUGGUGAAAUUUUUCCCAGUGGACCCCGGCCAUCUGAGAGAAGAGCUGACCAGGUACCUCUUCACCCUCCAGAUCAAGAAGGACCUGGCGCUGGGGCGGCUGCCCUGCAGCGACAAGAGCGCAGCGCUGCUCGUCUCCCACCUGCUGCAGUCCGAGCUGGGCGACUUCCACGAGGAGACGGACCAGCAGCACCUGGCGACCCACAGGUACCUGCCCAACCAGGAGUACCUGGACAACAAGAUCAUGCACUACCACCGGAGACACAGCGGGAAGAUGCCGGCCGAGUCGGAUGUUCAGCUGCUGGACGUGGCCAGGAAGCUGGAGAUGUACGGGAUUCGCCCGCACCCCGCCAGCGAUGGCGAGGGGACGCAGAUCAACCUGGCCGUGACACACAUGGGGGUGCUGGUCCUGCGGGGCAAUACAAAGAUCAACACAUUCAACUGGUCCAAAAUUCGCAAACUGAGUUUCAAGAGGAAGCAUUUUCUCAUCAAGCUCCAUGCAAACAUCUCUGCGCUGUGCAAGGACGCGCUGGAGUUCACCAUGGCGAGCCGGGACGCCUGCAAGGCUUUCUGGAAGACGUGCGUGGAGUACCAUGCCUUCUUCAGGCUGUCUGAAGAGCCCAAGUCAAAGCCCAAAGCCCUUCUGUGCAGCAAGGGCUCCAGUUUUCGCUACAGCGGGAGGACACAGCGGCAGCUGCUGGAGCAUGGGAGGAAGGCGAAGAUGAAGAGCCUGCCCUUCGAGAGGAAGCACUACGCAUCCCGCUAUGACGAGAGGCAGUGCCGCUCCUCUCCGGACCUCCUGACGGACGUCUCCAAGCAGGUGGAGGAGCUGCGCCUGGCCUACGGCGGCCGGGGCCCCUACCAUGCCAACGGGGUGCACGCCUCUGAGCCCACGCUGGACAGCCGGCGCCGGAGCUCCGCCGUGGAGGUGACGUUCACCGCCGAGCUGGAGCGCUCCAAGCCCGAAGCGUCCCCCUCCUUCCUGCCCCACUCCAAAAGCUCGUCCGCCUUCCCCCUGCUCUACGCCGAGCUGGAGCUGGAGCGAGCGUGGGAAGCCGCCGACCUCUUCGGUGCCAGGAACCCCCUCACCUCCUUUCGGCCCCACCAGUUCGCCGGGAACAGUAAAAGCCCCUCGGUGGGCAACAUGCGGGAGGUGAGCGCCCGGCCGCUGGUGUACACGGACGUGCCGUGUCCCCCGCCCGUGGCCGCCCCGGCCCCGCAGGUCCUCUUCUACCUGGACAGGCCCCCGCAGCCCCCGUGCCACGCACCGGUGCCCGGCGAGGACACAGCCAGUGGACGCAGCCCCGCGGCUGCAAAACCCCUCAGGCGGAGCCCGAGCGGGACCCGGGCCGGGGAGUUUCAUCGCAAGGCUGCAUGCGUGGCAGUGGGCGCAAGCGUGGCCCCGGCAGGGGAGAGCAGGUUGCUGGCUCGCUCCUUCGAUUACGGCCUUCAGGAGCAGCCUCCCAAGCGAUCCUGGAGCCAGUCGGACAUGAAAACCAUCCGCUUCCCCUACGGCUCGGAGUUCAGGCCCCUGGGCCCGUGCCCUGCACUGAGCAGCCGGAAAGCGGGCAUCUUUCGGCACGUGCCAGCCCAGCAAGGGCUGGCACCGGGGCUGCGGCGUUCUGCCGAGCGCUACGUGGGCAGCAGCACUGAGUCCAGCGACUCCGACUCCGACCUCCUGGCUGCCGACUACUGCUCCCUGUACGGCCGGGUGCUGCGGUCGCCCAUGGCCCGGGUGCGGCUGUCCUCUGGCAGCCUCCAGCUGGAUGAAGAGGAUGAGGAGGUGUCCUUUGCCACGGGCGCCGCUGAAGAGAGGACUUCCAGGGUGGCCUCCAGGUAUUUCACCUAGGUGCCUGACACUGGCCAGAGGGAGCAGAGGUGGCUGGCACUGACCUGAGGCCGCAGAAGGGUGACGCUCUUGCUUGCAGGGCUGCUAACUGCUCGCGAAACAUUGACGGACUUGUGUUGUGCGAGUGCUCUUAGCUAUAGAGGGUGUGUUAAUGGACAACAAGGCAGCAUUCAGAAGAAGUACCCAUCCCCUGCACCACACUCGGAAGCUGGUGCAUCUCUGCCACCACACACGGGGGUCCUGCUCCAGCCAGAGGGGCCAGGGCUCUCCUAAAGCCCUGCAAAGACCCUGUGUCCUGCCUGAGCUGGUGGCUGCUGGCCACACUUGGAGGUCAGCUGCUGGAGUCUUCACUGGGAGAGGGAGAAACAGAAAAAACAUCUGGCUUUUUUCACAGCUGCUGGUGGGAAGGGUGUUUGAGGCCCAUUUGGAGAGAAGCAGGAUGGCCAGGGGAGGCUGCUCCUGGAGCUGACCCCCCCCCAUGGACACUGCCAAUGCCCCAGCACAGAGCCCAUCUCCUGCAUCCUGCUUCUCCUCCCUCCAACGCUGCAGGGAGCACCUGGCCCUUGAGGACAAGAUUGCAUGUGUGGGGUGCUCCUUGCAAUGCUUGGAGCCACGGAGGAAGCACACUGCUCUGCCUUCUCCCUGGCCAGUUCAGAGCAUUAUCAUUCCCCAAGAAACAUCUCAGCAGUUCUUGUAUAAAUCAUUUAGCAGCAUUCCACAGUGCACUCUGGGAAGUGGGUUAAUGAGUGAUAUUGCAUAGCUCUGCUUUUCUCAGGCCCGUUAGCUGUCAUUUUCUGGCAGUACCUCCACAGUCCUGCUACCUCAGUGCCCUGCUUAAAUCUGGGGGUGCGAGGCAUGUAAGGGAGUUCUUUGCUCCCCCAAAUCAGACCUCAGUUAAGCAGCAUGGGAAAAAAAGAUCUCAGGAGGGAGGUAGGAAAUGAACAGGCAGCUGGUGCUCACCCUUGGCAUUAGACAGUCUGCUGUAACCACGGUGCUUUGAACCUUUCCUCUUUGUUUGCUACAUGAGUGCACCAUUAUUUUUACCAGGGCUGAUUCUAGCUAUAAAGAAGGAGCAGGAGAUGGGACUGCUCACCAUCCAUGGGGUGGCAGGAGAAUUCCUGAUUUAUCCAUUGCUCCCUCGAAGGGAAAAGGUAUAAAGAUACUUCUUGAUAGUAUUUUUAUUACAAAAACUUACUAUUACCCUAAACCUACAGGAAAUCUACUCAGAAAACUGGAGAAUGAUGACGCCUCUGUAAGAUUUAUGGAGAGGAUCUUGUUACUUUUCUUUAAGAACAAUCCCGUAAGUAUCUGUAGGACAUGACUGUAAGGAGAGGGACAGCCCAGUAAAUCCAUAGUUGAGAAACCACUGCAACCUGCUAGAAUGGAUUUCAGAAACAAGGAAGCUGGGACAAAGACAGAAAAUGGGUUAAAAUGUAAAAAGAACCAAGAUUAUGGGUACUGCUCACCCUGCGCAUUGUUGUCCUUUGUUUUAGAAGCUGGACAAUAAAAAUCGGUU